GAGAAUCGGUUUAGUUAACGUCUGCUAGUCUGGCUAGAUGUGUUAGCUAGACAUGCACGCACCCUAACCACAUGAUAGAGUGCGAAGAAAUCCUGCUUUGCUGAGUGUAUCUAUGUAAAAUAUCCAGAUAUGGUUGAUAGAUUUUGUAGUUCCAAUUCUAGUCGCGCCAUGGAAUUGGCUUACUUGUCUAUUUUGAACCAUGUCAUUCGUUUAUCGUCGUUGAUGUUGUUUUUGCUGUGGAAAGCUACGAUAAUGGCGUUACAGUUUGCCGUGAGACAAAUCGGAGGAGUAUUUUACCAUGCAUUUACUGUGUACAGGAAAAGGUUCCUAAAUGUUUUCCCUAACAAACCCGAGGUGGUUUCAAGAAACAUAGGUUGGAUGUUGGGGUUAAUGCCUGCAGUGGCAACAGGUGUCAAACCUGACGAAGAAAGAGAAAAUAAGAUAAAUCUUAUUUCAGAAGCAGACAUUUUGUACAACGAACAUUCCUACACAAAAUUGAGGAAUCUUCUCUUACAGUAUAAGGGAGAAGAAAAUGCUGAGAUCCUUUGGCGACUAGCGCGAGCGACAUUCGAAGUUGCGAAAUUAUCGUCUAGUCCAGCAGAACAAAAACAACUGGAUAUUGAAGCUUACGAAUAUGUCGAACGAGCGCUGCGUGUUGAUCCUGAAAAUUUUGCUGCUCACAAGUGGAUGUUUAUUUUGUUAGACAAAAAAGCCUCAUAUGAUGGCUUAAAGGAACGUAUUUCACAGUCAUUUGUCGUCAAGCAACACAUAGAACGAGCGUGUGAACUCAACCCAAAGGAUGCGACCUCUUUUCACUUGCUAGGCUUUUGGUGCUUUUCCGUUGCUGAGUUGCCGUGGCUUCAGAGGCAAAUUGCCUCAACGUUAUUCGCAAAACCUCCUGUGUCUUCAUACGAAGAGGCUUUACAGUAUUUCUUACGGGCGGAAGAAGUUGAACCGAACUUUUAUAGCACGAAUUUGUUGAUGAUUGGCAAAACAUACUUGCGACUUAAAAAUCGAGAAAAAGCGAUUGUUUACUUGACGGCGGCGCGAGAUUAUGCAGUUGCCUCGUCUAAAGAUUUGGAGACGAAGCAGGAGGCAGCGCAGCUAUUGAAUUCCAUCUGAAUCCUAAAAGGCCAGUUCCAAGGUCGUCACACCCAAGAACAUUAACUUUAUCCCAUCCAUUUGUAUUUACCAAAAAUAAAUAUGGUUUGUUAUGUUUGUCCCAUUUACCUUUAUGAUGCAAUAUUAUUUUUGUCAAAACAGUUUUAGUCGUGCAAGAAGAAACAGUGCAAUGGUCACGCCAAAUUUCCCCGUUUGUAAUGUUUACGAAUACAAAGUUCAUUCACUU